UUCACACUUUAAAGAGCAGCGAAGACCAUCUUGCCAUGAAACCAUUCACAGAUGAAGAUGUAGAAAUCUACAUCCAGAGCAAGGUGGAACGGCGGCAUUACCUGGUUUCCAAAGCAGUGGAGGAGGUGCAGAAAAUCAUCCAGCAGCUGACCGCAGAAAUCAGCUACAAGGCUGUGCGAUUCCAGGCUAUCUCCAACUCUGGCAUUCACAAUGAGAACAUUAAGGUCUUAGCACCCAGCCAAUUCCUCAUCACAGUUCCUCUGCGUGGCCUGACCGGUUACAGGGAAUGCCAGGUACGGCACUGGCGCUAUUACACCGUGAAUGGAGCCAAGCUCCUCUCCUCCGUGCGGGACCCUGAGGAAUUGCAUCAGUGGCUGGAGGUGGAGCAGUUCUCAAAAAGCCUUCAGCAGUGGCAUGAAGAGGAUGUGAACAUCGAAGGUGAUCUGGUUCCAGCCAAAGUCCUUAUUGUCUUCCGGGAGCUGGUGGAGAAGUCGAUUGUAUCCUGUAAUCUCUCCAGUAAAGUGACAGUGCUGGAGAGCUUCAGCUCAGUGGUCCGGGUGGCUGUGGAGACAUCAGAAUCCCAGGUUGAGGUGGAGCUGGUACCUGCUGUGGAGAUUCCAACGUGCUGGCCCGAGAAAGCCCGGUGGCCUCGUUGCCUUAAGCGUUGGCCUUCUCAGGAAAAAGUGCAAUGCAUCAAGUCGCUGGGUUUCGACCUCCUAGCCCGCUCUAAUUACCACUGGCAGCUGUGCUUCUCCCGUGCUGAGCACAUCCUCAUGGAGGGACUUGAUGAAGAUGGUGGUUGUCGCAUGAAGUGCUUCAGGGUCAUGAGGCAGAUGAAGGAAGAUGUCUGGUGUGCUGGGAAUAAGCCUGUCAUCACAGCUUAUCACCUUCAGACAGUGCUAUUCUGGACGUGUGAAAAAUACCCACGCACCAAGGAUUGGCGCUGCUUCCCUGAAGCCUUUCUGAGGCUGGUACAGAAGUUGCACAAGUGUGUAAGCCAGCACUUCCUCAAGCAUUACUUUCUCAAGAACACCAAUCUGCUCAAAUAUGCCAACACCAGUGACCUGGACCUGGUGGCCAGCAAGCUGGCACUCUUCUUGGAGAACCCUGUUUUCUGCCUGGACUAAGGCAGGCACAGGUCUUGCCCCUAGCCCGAGUAGAUCCCCCAGCUCCUCUCCCCACCUGUGGUUGCUCCCCGUGUCCUUCCAGUAGAUGUUGCAGCUGGCUUUGUGAGACAGUUGGCACAUGCAGCGCUAAAGAGAAGUGUUGAGCUGGCAGCGGUGGGCGGUGAAAACUGAUGGGAGGUAUCACUUGAUGCCCAGCUGAUCUAAUUUGCUUUCAUGAGUGACAGCCUGCUUGGAAGCUACAGCCAGUGAAACCCAACUUUGUGUGUCAGUCAGAGCAGGCAACUGCCUUGUUCCGUGUCUCCAGUCUUGUGGCACCUAAGCUGAAAGCCAGCACAAAGGAGUCUCGCUCUGCUGCCUCUGUAACCUAGCACAUGUAUUGUUGCUACAGUCGCCUUUCUCACAAGGACAGCGGGUUUAAUUACCUGCUUACCUCACAGGCCAGCUCUGCAGAGGGGCAGAGGAACAUUCCUAUCCUCCAGUAGGAAUCCAGUAGGAAUUUAACCAUGCUGCUAGUGUUGAAGAGCUCAAUGGAAUCAAGAAGAGGAACAGUGGGUUUUGCCUCUUCAUUUUUCUCUCCUUCACUUAUAUUUUUCUUCCAAUUGCUUCAAAUAUGUCUUUUUCAUGUUUGCCUUUGCCAGUUGUGUUAGUGCCAUACAAUCAGGGGGCUUUGGCAGAGCAGAUUUCACUCCCAUUCCCAGCUCUAUCCAGCAGGCUGGACAAGGUGCAGGUCUUUCCCUAUUUGUUAACACCCACCUAUUUUUGGGUGCAGUGCAGAAGGACUCUUUUUUACAAAGGCUCUUAGCUCCAAGACCCCCAGUGCUUUUAAUUUUGUGGAUGUUUCAAAAGAAAAUGGAUUUUAGUAUUUCAAAAGAACAGAGCUUUAGAAUUAAUAUAAAGAAUGCUGGGUUUAAUGUUAUUAAAUUGCUGAAACUAAGCCAAUAUAGGGGGGAUUUUAGGUUUGGUUUGGUGGGGUUUUUUUGUCACAUCUGUGCAGAAAAGUAAACAAGUCCUUUGCCAAGGGGGCUGGCCGAGGUGGGAUUUGCAUCCCACACUGCAGGAAGCCGCACAAGGCACAUCCGCGGCGCGGCGUCUCCCCAUUGUGGCAAACUGCAGUACAGGCACGCAGCGCAGCCUCUGCUUCUGGAGCAGGCUGUCUUCUACAGUUUCUUGAGCAGAGUAGAUGUGGGUCAGGAAGGAUCCCAGCUGUGUGGUCCUGGUCUGGUCAUGGUCCUGUGUCUCCUGCAUCAGAUCUCACCAUGUAUAGACCUGAUCCCACCAUGUAAACGGGCACCCGCUUUGCUCAGAUCCUCGGAAUACCCUCCAAGUCGCCUUUCCAAAUGGCGUUUGUGUGGAAGUGUUCCAAACAGUUAACUUCUCUUGCUAAACCUUUGUUUUCCAGGCUCCCUAAAUGGAACACAAGUGUCAGUUUCAUGAUGAUGCCUCCUGUUCAAGUGUGGCUUUUCUGUUUCCUGUAAGCUGAGCUGUUUCA